AUGACCACCACCACCUCCGACCAAAAAAUCGCCUUCAUCCCCCUCGAAGCCAACCCCCCCCUCCUAACCUCCCUCCUCCACAAACUCGGCGUAUCCCCCGCCCUCGCCAUCCACGACGUCUACUCCCUCGACGACCCCUCCCUCCUCGCCUUCGUGCCCCGCCCCGCUCUCGCCCUCCUCCUCGUCUUCCCCGUCAGCGAAACCUACGAGGCCCACCGCCUGGCCGAAGACGCCGACAAGCCCGACUACGCGGGGAGCGGCGAAGGGGAGGGCGUGGUUUGGUUUAGGCAGACGAUACGGAAUGCGUGUGGGUUGAUGGGGUUGUUGCAUGCUGUUUCGAAUGGGCCUGCGCGGAACUUUAUUGAACCAAACUCAACCCUCUCCACCCUCCUCGACCAAGCAAUCCCCCUCCCACCAAAAGAACGUUCCGUCCUCCUCGAAACAUCUCAAGCUCUCUCCGCCGCCCACCGCGAAACCGCCGAACAAGGCGCCACCUCAGCCCCCGAGGCCGCCGACGACGUCGACCUCCACUACGUCUGCUUCGUCAAGACCGACGACGGCCGCCUCUGGGAGCUUGACGGGCGGCGUAAGGGACCCCUCGCGAGGUUGGAGGGGAUGAGUGAGGAAGAGGACGUCUUGAGCGAGCGGGCACUGAAGGCGGGGCCGUUGGAGUUUUUGGGGAGGGAGAGGGGGGAUUUGCGGUUUAGUUGUGUGGCUCUUGCGGGGGCCUUGGAUUAA